CAAAGCCUGUCGUCCUACGGCAAUUACUCUACAGAGAUGCAGCAUGAAAGCGCUCUUCGUGCUAUAUCAAACAGGUUGAUCGUCACACCCAUCGACGAACUUCCUCGGAUUGCCGGCUUUCUCGCAACCCAGCUGGCCAAUUGUCCGCUCAACGAGCAUUUCACCAAUACGAAGGGCAGCAACUCUUCGGUAUCUGCCCAUAAGCUCAAGACUCGAAUCAGCUCCCUACUACAGGACAGAUCCGCUGCAGGACGAUUCACAGCUGUUGUACUCAUCAAAGCCGUCAUUGACAAUGGAGGUGAAAAUGUCCUUCGUGCUUCCGACAGUUGGGCCAGAGGCCUACUCAACUGCCUCAAUAAGCCAGAUCCGAUUGAGGUCAAGAAGCUGUAUCUGAUCACCCUUACUCGCAUCUUCAUCCUCACGCAGAAUGAUCAGACCCUAUUACGAGAAAUAACAACGCCGCUACUUCCGAACUUUAUCAAGGCUUCUUUGGGGUUGAUCCGACCGAUCAACGUCCAAAAAGGUGCUGGGAGCAAAGCAUUGUCGAGUCCAUUACUUGCACCAGUAUUGGAAUGCUGGACUCGACUCCUUCCGCGCCAUGCUUCUGUCUUCCGGCCAUUCCUCAAUCAACUCAGGCCUAUAUGUCUGAGUCUGGUAGCAGACGCCGAAAGUCCUUCUCGAGACCGAGACCUGGCAAUCCAACUCCUUUGCUUGCUGUUAUUAUCUGCUCCAAGGAAUACGGUUGUCCAAGAAUGGAUCCAGAUGGCUAAUAACCUCACUAAGGCGGCGCAUUCAACAGCUAGUACAUUAUUUCGAGCAGUAAUCGAAGAGCACGAGUCCAAUGAUUCGUCCAUCCAAAUAAUCACGGGGAAACAGAACUUUUCCAAAGAGCAGAAACAAGUGGAAGUUGACUUGGCAGGCUUGCAUCCUUGGGCUGGCAUCCAUGAAGGCAGCGACAGACUCGCAGCCCUGUUAUCUUGGCUGACCUGCCUGACCUCCACGUCCACAUCGGAGUCUAUGCUAUUGCCGAUUGGCGCAAUCCUUGAUUUGACUUCACGGAUCAUGUCUGUGACUGUGCCGGCAACCAAGGCUGGUGCAGCUGACGACUUGAGAUACCGUAAAGAGGCAAGCAGGGAAGAGAAGGAAGAACUGUGGACUCAUUUGCCCGAAGUCCAUAUCGCUUGUCUUGAUUUGCUUCACAGCCUUUUCUCGUCUUAUGGGCAAGUCCUCUCUCCUGUACAGCGGACGAAUGUCAACCAGCUACUUGAGAUUUUCGAAAACAUGUCCUGGCAUCAAGACAUCCGAUCUGGAGUUUACAAAGUGUUCAGCUAUCUGUUGGGACGUAUCGACCUUUCAAAUCUGGAAAUUCACCGAGAGGCUUUCGCGGAGCUCCUUGAACACUGCUGUAAUGAUCUGAAAUUGGGGUUUGCGGAGAGCGUGAACAACACUUCAAGUCCCAUGAAGAAUGGAGAUAUUCAGCUCACUUCCCGUUCGAUACCAGGCGGCAUUCGAGAGACUGUCGCGAGCUUCUCUUGCCGGCGGUCGGAUGUGUUCCAAACGGCUUGGGUCCUGCUGUCGCAAGCCUUGAGAUAUUGUCCGGCUGCUUUGGUGUCUAAACGGACGCGGUCGGAAAUGGACAGGAUAGCAGUCUUGCUUGACCAUGGUGAUGCUAUGUUGUCGAGCAUUCUGAAUCCGGUACUUUCAAAAGAAGGCAAACCCGCCAGUGCCAGUUCGUUGCCCUUCGUGGUAAGGUCUGCAGCAGAUGAUAUUGCUGUGGAGGCCUUGCUAAGGCCACGGAUGCCCUUUAUUGCAAUUGAAAGCGGUGAAACUGAGCGCCGUUCGAGCCAAGACGGAGCAGAUGGCGAAGAUGAAGGAGACGAGGAGAGCGACACACGCAUGGACACUGAUAUAUUGUCUCAGCUGGAAGAUUCUCUCGAGCAACAGCAGAACGGCACUUUGGAGCCUCAGGAGGGUAGGCCGGGAGGAUCAAGCGGGCCGCGAGACGUUCCACUCAACGGAGGCCAAAGUUCUGGCGCACAGAAAAGGUUGAUCGACGCGGUGGACUCCAGUCUCUUAGGGGGCAACGCUCUUCCUUCGGGCGCGCCUGACUCCAGGGAAUCGAAAAGACCACGUUCAGGGGCAUCCCUGGAAGACACGACCCUGCCUAAAGUGCAGGAAAAUAGCAACGAGGCUACAGCUGGGAAAUAUCCUAUGGCUCAAAGCUUGGAGGUAACUGCUGUAAGCUCCCAAGGUCAUCAGUCCCAGGUGGAAAGACAGGAUAUCUCCAUGAUGUCUAACACGCCGGUGCCCAGUGGACCCCUGGUUGAUGAUGCUGAUAGCGACGACUCCGAAAUUCCUGCCAUCGAUCCUGAACUUGAUACAGACGAGGAAGAGGACCUAGAAUAGCUCAUGCUUGGUCACCUUUGAGCCACAGUCAGGUCUUUGUUAGCUCCAUUUAGGAACUGUAUCUAGGCCAAAUGUUUGCUUGAUGUACCGUUGUUUCAUGAUUGCUUCAGUAAAGCAAUGCUUUCAUCACAUCACGUGAUCACGUGUUAGACGCGUCAAGCUUCCUCAAAGAUCUUGAACACAUUGCAUCUCAUCUCA